CAGUUCCACCCGUGGGAGCUUCCAAAGCCUGCUCGUCGUGUGUAAGAACGGCCGAUAUCAAGGAAGCAUGUACGCAGUGUGACCAGUUCGUCUGCCAGAACUGCAGCAGGCUCUGCAGCUGCUGUAACACAGUUACCUGUUCUUUGUGCUCCACUAUUGAUUAUGGUGAUGUGGGAGAGCAAGUUCUCUGCAAUGGUUGUUCAAUAUUUCAAGUCUGA